GCGGGGACGGGAGGAGCUGCCGCCGCCGUUGCGCUCCCCGGCCCGGCGCUGGGGGAGCGGGCGGUGCCUGAGGAGCUGGGCCAUGAGGUGAGCGGGGCCGCGCCGGGGGCGGCAGGUUUCCUUUGCCUGAUCUGUAAACAUGUCCACAGACCUGCUAUCUGAAAAGGAGCACAUGGUGCUGAAUGGGUCCGCCUGGGGAAACAAAACAGAGUGGAGUUAGACUUAGUUGAACAUAGGGGCAUUUGGAAAAGUCUGCUGAAGGAGGAUGGCACGUCUCCUGCCACCUUGCGCUAGCAGAGCCUGAGUUUUUACUGAAAAUGCCAUUUUGAAUAAGGGUGUGAGGAUUGUGGUAAAAGCCUUAUAGGAGAAUGCAAACUCCACGGACCACUCAUCAAGGCUAAAGACAGGGUUAUUCCUAGCCGAGCCCGUCUCACCCUACCUCAUUACCUCACUUUGCGAGUGUUGGAGCUGCGAGCUGGAAACCAGCAGAGUAUUGAAAGAUGGAGGGAAGUAUUUUCUGGACACUCCCAAUGAAGACUGUGGAAACUGGAUGAUGUUUGUCCGGCUAGCCCGGAACCAAGAAGAACAGACCCUUGUGGCUUAUCAGCACUGUGGAGAAGUCUACUUCACAACUGUUAAGGCAAUUGAACCACACACGGAAUUGAAAGUAUGGUAUGCUGCCGAUUAUGCCAAAUUUAUGGAAGCUUCUGCAGUCUUCAUUAAAGAAGAAUCUGAUGUCUGUCCUUUGCCUCCAGUAGCAAAAGAGCCCGCAGACCCUUGGAUAUGUUCCAGCUGUGGAGGCACUUUCGCAACUUUUGCUUUGUUGGAAUCUCACCAGUGCAUCCAUAAAGACCGAGUCCUUACCACCAGGAUCAGACCACCAAAUAAACUGGGACCCAUAAAAGCAAAAAGCAAACUCAAAGGGAAACUAAGAGGAGCUGCAUUAGGCAAAAGCAUUGCUCAGUGCUUUGGGACCAUUUCCUCUGCUGCGAAGCUUAGCUGUGCCAGCUCAGGAAGCCCUUGUGAUGCCCUUGUGAGGCUUAUACCUAAAUGGAGAAAUGGCCGGUCUUCACUCUUGAAGGGAAGAGAAGUGAAGCAGCCAGCCAGUUACCCUUGCCGACUCUGUGGGAAGAUAUUCGAUUCCAUUAACAAGCGCAGAGUCCACACUUACGUGCACAAAGCAGAGCGCCCCUACAAGUGUUCGCAGUACGGAUGCACAAAAGCCUUCAUUUCCAGAUAUAAACUGCUCAGGCACUCAGCCAUUCAUUCUCCACAGAAGUCUCACCAGUGUGGCUACUGUGAAAAGACCUUUCACAGGAAAGACCAUCUAAAGAAUCACCUUCAGACUCAUGACCCUAACAAGAUGGCCUUCAAGUGUGAAGAGUGUGGCAAGAAGUACAACACCAAGCUAGGCUAUAAGAGACACUUGGCUCUUCAUGCAGCCACCAGUGGGGACCUUACCUGUAGAGUAUGUGCCCAGGAGUUUGGUGGUACUGAAGUUUUGCUGGAACACCUUAAAAGCCAUGCAGGGAGACCAACCGGCAAUACAAAAGAGAAGAAACAUAAGUGUGACCACUGUGAGCGUCACUUCUAUACCCGUAAAGAUGUGCGGCGUCACAUGGUAGUUCAUACAGGCUGCAAAGACUUUCUGUGCCAGUUUUGUGCCCAGAGGUUUGGGCGGAAAGACCACUUGACUCGCCAUACUAGGAAGACCCAUCCACAAGAGCUGCUGAAGAGCAGGUUGCAGAAUGGAGACUCAGUGGGUCUCCUUGACCAGCUUUUUCCACUAAGACUGAAACAAGAUGCCAGCAUACUAUCCCCUUUUCCUGAAAAUGUCUCUGUGCAAAAUGGGCUUUUGAAUAGUUCACAGUCAGAGGAAUACAUUCUUCAUUCCCAGCCAAGCUUACCAACUGCCCUUCCUCUUGACCCUUCUCCUCACUUGCAAAGGAUGGGCUGUGCAGACAGCCUUCCAGCUGUCCAUACCACACCAUGCUCAACAGCCAUUCCUACCAACCUGAACCUGCAUCAGCCUAAUAAAUACGACCUUAGUUCUACCUCAUUUGCAGCAGGAUCCCUCAAAAAUCUACCGAUAAAAGUGGAUGUUAAAGGUUAUAAUGUGCAUCUUCCUGAGGACCUGCCAUUAACAGAACCUCAGUCUCUCCACAAAAUCAUUCUGGAAGAAGCUUCCUCAGGGCCUGUAGGGGAUACUAACAAGUACCCAGUGCACAAGGAGACAGAGGCAGCAGCUGAAACUAUGAGCCUGCCUUUCAUGGAUCUCACUCAUGUGAUGGGUUUCUGGCAGCUCCCACCAGGUGACAACCAGAACACCACUGGGGACAUCACAAUGGCAUUUGGUCCAGAGGAGCCGUUACACAGGCUGAAUGGCCUUGGCCAACAGCAAGGUCUUCAGCUAGCAACUGGCGGGAUGGCCAUAAACCAGCUGCAUCAUCUUCCCCGCUCCUUUCCAUCCACUACAAAUUCUGUAACAUUGCCUCAUUUUCAUCAUGCCUUCAAAUAACUAUCACCAUGGUUUGAAGGGGUUUUUUUCCUUCUUUUUUUUAAGACUCUGCUUCUUACUUAAGGCUGUUAGGAUGGGGUGGUUCUGGUUUUGUUUUGAACAAAAACUUACCCAAAAUGUUUUCAAAGCGUAUUAUGAACAUGGCUGGUAGUCAAAUUCAGGAUGUUAAUAAACAAGAAGUUCUAUUUUU